GUGUGACGACGCUGGGCACGGUGACGGGGACGGUGUCCACCAGCCUGGCGGGGGGCGCGGGGGGUCACAGCGCCACGGCCUCGCUGGCCACGCCCAUCACCACGCUGGGCACCAUCGCCACCCUGUCCAGCCAGGUCCUGAACCCCGCAGCCAUCACGGCCACCGCCGCCGGCGGGGGGCUGGGCACGCCCACCAUCACCAUGCAGCCCGUGUCCCAGCCCACGCAGGUGACCCUGAUCACGACGCCCAGCGGGGUGGAGGCCCAGCCCGUGCACGACCUGCCCGUGUCCAUCCUGGCCUCGCCCACGGCCGAGGGUCCGGCGGCGUCGGGGGGGCUCCCCGAGCCCACCCCGGCCGAGGGUGGGGGGGGCACGCCCGGCACCGUCACCCUGGUGUGCUCCAACCCCCCCUGCGAGACCCACGAGACGGGCACCACCAACACGGCCACCACCAGCCUGGUGGCCAACGUCGGGGGGGGGGCCCCCCAGCUCCAGCUGCUCUGCGAGGGCCAGAGCCCCGGGGCCACCGGCGCUGGAGGAGGGGGGGGCUUGAGGCCCUGCUCCAACCCCCCCUGCGAGACCCAUGAGACCGGGACCACCAGCACGGUGACCACGGUGGGCUCGAGGCUCUGCUCCAACCCCCCCUGCGAGACCCACGAGACGGGCACCACCAACACGGUGACCACCACGGCCCCCAGACCGCCCUGCUCCAACCCCCCCUGCGAGACCCACGAGACGGGGAUGACGAGCACGGUGACCACCACGGCGCCCAGAGCUUGUGCCAACCCCCCCUGCGAGACCCACGAGACGGGCACCACCAACACGGCCACCACCGUGUCCUCGAGGCUCUGCUCCAACCCUCCUUGUGAGACCCACGAGACGGGCACCACCAACACGGCCACCACCGUGUCCUCGAGGCUCUGCUCCAACCCCCCCUGCGAGACCCACGAGACGGGCACCACCAGCACGGCCACCACCACCACGGGCUCGAGGCUCUGCUCCAACCCCCCCUGCGAGACCCACGAGACGGGCACCACCAACACGGCCACCACCGUGUCCUCGAGGCUCUGCUCCAACCCUCCUUGUGAAACCCACGAGACGGGGACGACCAACACGGUGACCACCACGGCCCCCAGACCCUGCUCCAACCCCCCCUGCGAGACCCACGAGACGGGGACGACCAACACGGUGACCACCACGGGCUCGAGGCUCUGCUCCAACCCCCCCUGCGAGACCCACGAGACGGGCACCACCAACACGGCCACCACCACCACGGCCAGCGCCGGCUCCCGGCCCCCCCCCGAGGCCGCCGCUCCGGCCGGGGGGUCCCAGCCCUGCUCCAACCCCCCCUGCGAGACCCACGAGACCGGCACCACCAGCACGGCCACCACGGCCACGGCCGGGGGGGCGCAGGGCUCGCCCCCCGCCUGCCAGACCCACCCGACGGCGGCCACCGGCACCACCACCACGGCCACGGCGGCCACCGGGGGCCCCGGCAGCCCCCCCCGCGCCUGCUCCAACCCCCCCUGUGAGACCCACGAGACCGGCACGACGGCCACGGCCACCACCGUGACGGCCAGCAUGGGGGCCAGCCAAGCGGCGCCGCCCCUCCCUCGGGGUCCCGGAGCCGCUGGCCGUGGUGGUGCUGCCGCCCGGCCCCGGCGAGGGGGGUGCUGGCGAGGGGCUGGCGCUGCCCCCGAGCUGCUGGCCGAGGCGGGGGCGCGAGGGCCCCGGGCUGACCCCGAGGAGCUGGCGGUGACGGCGGCGGCCGAGGCGGCGGCGGCGGCAGCGGCGAGCGAGGAGGCCCAGGCGCAGGCCCUGGCCAUCCAGGCCGUGCUGCAGGCGGCCCAGCAGGCCGUCAUGGGCUCCUCAGAGCCCCUGGAGCCGGGGGAGCCCGGGGGGGGCCCCGCUGAGCUGGGGGCUCUGGGUGCCGAGGGCGGGGGGUCCGCGGGGGGGACCCUGCCCCUGGUGCUGACCCAGCAGGAACUGGCGGCGCUGGUGCAGCAGCAGCAACAGCAACUGGCCGAGUCCGGGGCCGCCCCCGCCGCCCCCUCCUCUGCCACCCCCGGCGCCCCCACCCCCACCAACGCCCCCAGGCCCUCCGGCCGCCCCCACCUGCCCACCGAGGCCUUGGCGCCCGCCGACAGCCUCAACGACCCCGCGGGCGACGCCAAUGGGCUGGGGGAGCUGGGGACCCCCGGGGGGGCACCCACGGCCCUGCUGCCCCCCCCUGGAGAUGGCCUGGCCCCCUCGAGCGCCUUCGUGGCCCCCCCGGGCCCCGCGGUCGCCCCCAGCCCUGCCAAGCUCCAGGCGGCCGCCGCCCUGGCCGAGGUGGCCAACGGCAUCGAGAGCGCCCCGGCGAAGGCAGAGGCGCAGCCCCCCAAGGCGCUGCCCAAGAAGGAGAACCAGUGGUUCGACGUGGGCGUCAUCAAGGGCACCACCAUGAUGGUCACACACUACUUCCUGCCCCCCGAGGACGCGCCGCCCCCCGACGAGGAGGGCUCGGGGGUCCCGGACCACUCCCAGCUGCGGCGCCAGGAGCUGCAGCCGGGCACGGCCUACAAGUUCCGCGUGGCGGGGCUGAACGCCUGCGGGCGCGGCCCCUUCUCCGAGCUGUCGGCCUUCAAAACCUGCCUGCCCGGCUUCCCCGGAGCGCCCUGCGCCAUCAAAAUCAGCAAGAGCCCGGACGGGGCCCACCUGACGUGGGAGCCGCCGUCGGUGACGUCGGGGCGCAUCGCGGAGUACUCGGUGUACUUGGCCAUCCAGGGGGGGCCCGGGGGGGGCCCCGAGGCGCGGGGGGGGGCCCAGCUGGCCUUCAUGCGGGUGUACUGCGGGCCCAGCCCCUCGUGCCUCGUGCCGGCCUCCAGCCUGGCCAGCGCCCACAUCGACCACACCACCAAACCCGCCAUCAUCUUCCGCAUCGCCGCCCGCAACGACAAGGGCUACGGCCCCGCCACCCAGGUGCGGUGGCUGCAAGGUGGGUCUGGGGGCUGCAAGGUGGGGCUGGGUGACAAGGGCUACAGUCCCGCCACCCAGGUGCAGUGGCUGCAAGGUGGAUCUGGGGGCUGCCAGCUGGGUCUGGGGGCUCUGCUGCACCUGGGGGGGCUGUGGGACCCCCUUAAUGUGGGGAUAGACACCCAGAGUAACAAGGGCUACGGCCCCACCACCCAGGUGCAGUGGCUGCAAGUGUUGGGGAUGGACCCCCACAGUGACAACGGCUAUGGCCCCGCCACCCAGGAAAUCCGCUCCAAAGAAGCCCCAAGGCCGAAGGAGCAGUGA